AUGUUUAUGUUCCAGGUGUCAUCAGUCUGCCAGUUCUGUGCUGACCACACCCAGACGUUCCACCAGCUCCACCACUACAAAUACAGGCUCUUCAGGAAGUGUGAGAACAAGGUCACGGCCGUGCGAAGGUCCCACGAGAUGAGCUCUGAUGACGAGACCUGCAAGCGUGUUCUCUUGGACAGGGGCUGGGUCUCCGAGCUUCAUGAAGAGCUGGAAGAGUUGCUGACCAGAGCUCAGCAGGGCACCAACUCUUAAAGCACGGGGCCUGUUUUCUGGCAGCCAAGUCUGGAUUCCUUCCUUGGACCUCUGCUUUGAGAAACGUUUUAAAGACUAACCCCAAAAGUUUUAAACUAAAUGUAGUUUAGGUAAUGGUUCUGUUCAAUGUUCACUAACAGAUUUUAGAGUAUCAUGAAAGUUCAUCUGUGUUGGUAGUUACAUGUUUAAAGUUAAAACUUUUGGUCCAACACAAAAAAUUCUCUCAC